CGGGCAGCCCCGGACAGCGCCGGCAGCCCCGCAGGCAGCGGGCAGCACCGGACAGCGCCCGCAGGUUCCCCUCUCAGAGACAGCCCCCACCGGGCACCUCAGCAGCAAGAUGAACCCCACCGUGGGCAUCGCUGUCAUCCUGACAGUCCUCCAGGCCGCCCACUGCCAGAUGAUCAAGGACCUGAGUGCCUGCCUGCUGGGCCAGAACCUGCGCGUGGACUGUCGCUAUGAGAACAAAACCGACAACCCCCUGACCUACGAGUUCAGCAUCACCAAGGACAACAGGAAGCACGUCAUCCACAGCACCAUCAGCGUCUCCGAGAACAUCUACCGCAGCCGAGCCAACGUCACCAUGCACAAGAACCUGGUGUGCCUCCACCUGCAGAGCUUCACCACCAGUGAUGAGGGCAUCUACAUGUGCGAGCUGAAGGCCACCAACGACUACACUGGCAACCAGAUAAAGAACAUCACUGUUAUCAAAGACAAACUGGAGAAAUGCGCCGGCUUCAGCCUCUUGAUCCAGAACACCUCGUGGCUCCUGCUGCUGCUCCUUUCCCUGCCUCUCCUGCAAGCCGUGGACUUCGUGUCCCUGUGAAAGGCGAACCACACACACUCACAGCGCUCGCACACACACGCACGCACACCGAGCACCCCAGCCACCCCGCCUUCCUUGCAGCCCCUGGAAAGAGAAGCUGAAGCGUCUGGAAGCCGUGAAACCUCUCUGUGUUAUCUCUAUUUAGCCGUAUAUUAACGCUAACCACCGUCCCGUGCCGAGGCUCACCAUCCCACGCACACACGCCCCGCUCCGAAGCAUGGUGGCUCUGCUAGGCAGCGUUGCUUCUCCCAUGGCGCCUCCCCGCUCCGUAGGCUGGCUGGUUUGCUUGUGCUGGGAGCACUGGAGGCCUCAGCCUCGCUUGUCCCAUCCCUUUAACUCUUGGGGUUUGCCUGUUCUCAACUGGGGAAAGACAGCUGGAUUGGCAGCUGAGCUGGAAGUGAGGCCUCCUCCAGACACCAUCUGGUACCUUUGGGCUGCCCAAGCCAGACACCGCUCGUUCUCCCUGGGGACCAGCCCUUAGCUGUGACGAGAGAAUUGCUGCCAGCACCAGUGGAGGCAAGCAGAGCCUCUCUGAGCUAGCCACAGCCCCACUGCCCUCCCCAGGGCCCUCAGAGCUGUACCCAGGAUGGCUGGUGGGGAGGGGGUUCCCCUCUGGGAGUGUGACCCCGUAGGGACUUCCCUGCACUGGCACCUUGUCUUCCCUAAGGGGACAUCUGGGGACCCCAGUCCUUCCUCAUGGAGAGGCAGAGCACUCCUUCCUUAAAGCCCACCGUGCUCCUGGGAUGAGCCCGUGUGCCCCCUCCCUUCUCCCUCUUCCCUUCCAGAAUUUCCCCGUCUCCCUUUAAGAGCAGCAAAGGACCGAAGGGCAGCCCACAACCUCGGUAAGGCCAGGAUGGCACCGAGGGUUGGCGAGAGCAGGGGCAGGGAUGGCCAGCACAGCUCAGAUCUGCCAGCCCAGGGCUGCCCAGAUGCUCAUGGGACCCCGAGGAGCCUCACCCAAGGGGAGGGCACAGGGAGAGGAAAAGGCAGGCAGGAGCAUCCAGGUGCAUGGGGUGAACCCCAGCUGUGCGACCCGUGCAGCCCGCGCUGCGCCACCACGGCUGAGAGCAAUACACAGCAGCUGCUCCCCACUCCUUGCUCCUCUCCAGAGCUGCUUCCUGCCCCCGUGCCCGUGCCCUGCCCAUCCCUGCCUGCUUGCUUGCUGUCUAGUGCUGCUGAGGCCGUGCCCAGCUGAGGCCUGGCUGUGCCCAGCUCCCUGGGCGUGCUGGUGAGCGCCAGGGCAGGCGCAGAGCCCAGCGGCAGAGCGCGGACGCGGCUCAAGUCUCAUUUUUUUGUGAACAUUUGUAGUUGUUUCCACAGCUUGUCGUCAAAGAAAUUCUGUUAAGAGAAAAGGAAAAAAAAAAACGGGAAAAAAAAGAACCCCACGAAAAGCAACAACAACAAAAAAAUACCACCUUACCAUCCAGGAGUGUUCCUCUGUCUGCACAAUAAAACCCUACCUAGGUUGUGUGUUGGA